GCAAGCCAGCAUUUAUUAUCUGAAUCGCUUUCAUACAGAGAGGAGUUACUACACUGAGGGGAGGACACGUCUGAUAGAUUCACUGUAAAGGUGAAAAUACAUGUGUGCAAGGCUUAUGUAAACAACAUAGCUUUUACAUCGCCUUGUGAAAAUGCAUCUGUUACUACAGGCCACGAACAUGCCAGAGAGCCCAUCAGCUGACCACCAGUUGGUGUCGUCCCGGCGUCCAGGCCUGGCUAGAGCAGCCUCUAUCCCUGGGAUUACUUCCUUCGCUCGCAACAACCGCUUCCUUGGUGUCCGGCACCAGCCUUACAGCACCCGCUCGUCCAGGCGAAGCGCUCGGGAGGUCAGAGGUGAGAAUGUUUGGCGAGCAGCAAACAGUCGUGUCACCAAGAAACCCAAAGUGAGGUCAUUCAACGACCCAAACUACCCCAACGGUCGUAGUGACGUCAUCAGAAGCUGGAGUGUCAACCACAUUGCUUCAGCCCUGAAGGAGAAAUUGGUGCUGCAAGUGGAAACUGAGAAAACUUCAGCGGGAGACGAGAUGACGGUCCAUGCGCAAACAGCUGGCUUACCUGCGAGCUGGCAAGAGAGUGAAACAAAAGAGGGCAAAGACAUAGGCGCUCAGACCACAAGUGGAGAAGCAGUAGAUGAUGAAUGGGAUAACGCCACAGAAUUUGGUCCCAGGGACAUUCUUAGGGAAACUUCUGACAAAAUUGCUCUAAAGAAAGCUCCGGGUGGUUUGAAUAUGUGUGACAUGAACCAGGCGUCUACUAAUAUCGAACGCAGUCGGUCUGGGAAAUAUAACUGCCAACCCUCUCAAGGCAGAAACUUCCUUUCUCUGAGAACACCUCAACAGUCGCCACCGUUGCAAAUGCCCACCCCUCGCAUCCCGAUGAACAAAGUUGGCACUGUAGACACUAAUUCCCUGACUGAUCUCACAUCUGCAUCCCGAGUUGAGAGGGAGGUGCCAGAUAGGUAUAUCGCAAUGAACAAAGACAUUGAUGAUGAUCCCAAUAUGGACGUUGGGUUUUUCGGUGACGAUGAGAAUGUUGAAGACGAAAUCUCAAUUUGUGUUCCAAGUUUUGGGGAUGAAUUUCCGGACGAACUACGAAAACGCAGAACGCGAUCAUUGAAGUCAAAACUUCAGGCAAGGCGAUGCACUCAGAGAAGACACAGGUCCGAACAUGUACAGCCCACGGCCUCGUUUCUCUCCUCUGAGGGUGAAGACGAAGAGGAAGCCAGCCCUGCUAUAACAGCUUUGAGGAAACAGGACACGCUUAAGCUCGAGGACCAUGAUGACAACGCAAGUGAAGCCGAGUUGGAGAGAGCAGUUGCUGCACCUCGUACUCUGUCUCGCGUAAUUGCUGACAUCGACAAUGACCUGUUUCUGGAUUUGUACGUCUCUUCAGAUGACGACGAGACUGAAGGGCUACUUUCUUGCAGCAGCAAUAGUAAUGGAGAUUGUGGAGACUCACAAACUCUUCCCCUCCCUUCCUGCACGAACGAGUACCGAGGACUGAUACCUUUACGCGAAGACUUCUGUUGUGCCGUGUGCGGAGCUAUGCUGGAGUCGCUCCCGUUGUUCAGUGUCCACGACAUCCUCAACCCUGUAGGGCUCACGUCUCAUGCUCUACAAGAGAACGUGACAGACAAUGAUCUGUUUUGUCCACAGUGUGACUGUGGUCGGUGCGUGUUUAACUCCCACAACUUGAUGGACACCAGGGGACAUUCAGCGGUACAUUAUUUGAGCUGAUGGUGAGUUGUGAACACAUACGGGAUCAAAUAUUUUAUUGAAAAAAGUAUCAAGAUAUGACGGGUGUAGAGUAAGAAAAAAGGGAGAGAGAGAGAGAGAGAGAG